AUGGCGUUAGCACACAGCCAGAUUCCCUUCAGAGAUUUUGACGAGGAGCAACUAAGGGACCUUAUUAAGAAGGAUGGCCGACAAAUUUCUAGAGAAUUGGCUGAAAAGAUGGACUGUGAUCAUGCGACGAUCCUUCGCCAUCUUCAUUCGAUGGAAUACACUCAGAAACUUGGAUCAUGGGUACCUCAUGAACUCACGGAAGAAACGAAGGCAAGUCGCCUCCGAAUCGCAGCGCAAAAUCUCGCUCGACAUCGCGCUACACAUGGCCACAGGAACCGAUUUCUCCACAGAAUCAUCACAGGAGAUGAAAAUGGUGUCUCUAUGCUAACGUCAAACAACGGAAACAAUGGAUCUGUGCAGGAGACACACCAACACCCAGAGUGA